AUGUCGGGGGCGUGGGUGACGGUGGCCGCCAGGGUGAGGCCGUUCACCGAGCGGGAACUUCGUCUCAACGCCUCGUGCAUCGUGAACAUGUCCGGGCCUGCACCACUAUCACAAACCCCCAAACAGACAAAGGAAUCUCCCAAAUCCUUCACCUUUGACUAUUCCUACUGGUCCCAUGGAUCGUCGUGUUCGCCGGGCUUUGUGUCUCAGCGCCGUGUGUACGAGGAGUUGGGCCGCCAGCUGCUGCUGCACGCGCUGGACGGCUACAACGUGAGUGUCCUGGCGUACGGACAGAGUGGGGCCGGCAAAUCCUACACCAUGGUGGGUCAACAGGGCCCGGGACCCCCAGCAACUGGGCUCGACCCCGAGCCCGACCCCGACCCCGAGAUGGGACUAGUCCCUCAGGUCAGCGCCUCGACCUCCCGACACCUGACCCCCGACCCUGAACCCCGACCCCGAGCUCGUACGUAGGUCAGUGCCGCGACCUCCCAACCCCUGACCCUGAACCCCGACCCCGUACCUCAGGUCAGCGCCUCGACCUCCCGACCCCUGACCUCCCAACCCCUG